AUGACCACCCCACAGCCCAAGCUCACGCUCUACACCUACUUCCGCAGCAGCGCCGCGACGCGCGUGCGCACCGUGCUGGCACUGCACGGCGUGCCGCACGAGCAAGUCUUCAUCCACCUGCUCAAGGGCGAGCAACGCACGCCAGCGUACCUGCAACACAACCCGAGCGCCGCGGUGCCCGCGCUGCAUGUCACCGACGGCAGCGGAGGAUGGGACCUGACGCAAUCCGCCGCGAUCAUGGAGUACGUCGACGAGGUGUUCGGCGCGGCGUCUCCACGCGGAAGCCUCAUGCCGAAGGACGCCCGCGGGCGCGCGCUCGUCCGCAGCAUAGUCGAUAUCCUCGUGUGCGACAUGCAGCCGCUUGCCAACCUCAAGGUGUUGACGAGGGUCAAGGCGCUCGCGGGCGACGAGGCGGCGAUGCCGUGGGCCAAGGAGUGGUGCGAGGCGGGGAUGAAGGCCCUCGAGGCGAUUCUGAGCAAGACGGCAGGGACGUACGCGUACGGCGACAGCUUGACGCUUGCCGACGUCGCGCUCGCGCCGCAGAUGAACUCGUGUAUCCGCUUCGGCGUCCGCUUGGAAGACUACCCCGUCGCACAUGGCGUGUUCACUCGCGUCUCUGCACUGCCGGAGUUUGUGAGCGCCGACUGGCGACACCAGCCCGACACGCCAGACGAGUUCAAGGCGUAG